AUGUCACCGGAAAGAAAGCCCUUAUUUUGCAUGAAUCCCAUUCUUUGCCCUGCUCUUGUUACCCUCCGGUUCGUUUCUGAAGUCGUGAUCGGGGCUCCGUUUGAAGUGACUUCGGAUCUUUUGGACCACUUCGGCGUCAACCUCGUGUGCCACGGGACGAAGUAUUAUGCCAUGUGCGAGGACGGUUCAGAUCCGUAUGCCGAACCGAAACGACGCGGAAUCUUCAAAUUCGUCGAAUCGGGGAAUCAAACGACUACUGAGGGGAUCGUCAGCAGGAUCAUUCGACGAAGGUUGGAAUUCGAAGAUAGAAAUCGAAAUAAGGAGGAAAAAGAAGUGAAGGCAUUAGCUGCUUUGGAAGCAUCGAAGCAGUCGUAGGACCAGACGAAUAAGACGCUUUUUGUUCUGCCUUAUUGAAGAUGACUUUUCGUCCAACACAAAGAAAUUCCAUACUUUUCUUUUUGUUUUUGUUUCGGCGUGGGUAAGUCUUCGCGUGCGUUCCAAUUGGGUCGAUGGAAAUUCCUCGAGACAGUGUUUUACCAGGGAUUCAAACUUCCGAAUCGAUUUGACCUUGCCGAAUUUGUAAUUUUUUUUUUCGUACAUCAUCGUAUACGUUCGCAUUUAAAAUUUGAUUAUCCGAUGGCAUAUUUUUAUCCUCGAUUGACGUUGUCUCGUUUGGAUGAGGGGGUUUUUGUUGUAAAUUUUAGCGCGUGGUACAAUCUUUUAGCUUUAUGUGUUCGUUGGGAUUUUGGGAAGUGGGGCUGAUGCGUGAAAAAAAGCAAAUACUGACUAGUCCAGAUAUGUCCUGAUUUGUUUUAUUGAGGAUGGAAGACUCGAGUAUAAUAGACGAACAGCCGUUUGAAGACAUUGAUUUUAGCGAAGAUCAUCGUCCUUGAUGGAUUUAAAGGAUGAAGGUGUGCCUUCGAUGCCGGGGUUUGCUCGUUUUUUUUUUUCAUUGGGAUCUAGAGUGUUACGUCUUCGAAUGGGGUUCAAUACAAAGUCAAUUUGGGACUCUU